AUGUACCUGCUGGUGCCCGAGCACGCUGCCGGCCUGCGCCGGGGUCGCUGUAGGCGCCAGAGGGCCCCGCCGUGGCUGCUCGCUGCCGCCGCCCGCCUGCUGCUCUCUUUCCCAGAGGAGGCUGCCCGGGCUGGGGACGGGGAGCCGCGACAGGCGCUGCUCCUGGGGCCCGAGAGAGGGACCCCCUCCCGCCUGCGGGGCGCAGCUGCAGCUCGGCGCGGUGCAUGCGGGGCCGGCGCUGGAGGGCGCCUCCUUUUCCCGCCCGCCCGCGCGAGUGACUCGGCGCCGGGGGCGGGGGGCAGCCCCGCUCCGGCCUGGGAGGCGCCGCUCGGAGGAGCCGCCACUUACCGAACGAUCCGAAAGCAACAGGAGCCCGCCCCGGCGCGCCUCGGGGCACUAGGACUAAGCGCAAACCCGGUGCAGCCGGUCACAUGCGAGCAACAGCUGCACGGCAGGGACAUCUGCUGGAGUGGACCGAGCCAGAAGGAAGAACUCUUGGAGGGGGACCCAGAGGCAGAGGACAACUCAGAGAUCAGAGAUGUAUGCAGCCAGGAGCUCUUCUCUACCCCGGAGGAGGCUAGCCAGUCACAGCUGUCAGAGCUAGGCGAAGCACGAACAGGAGAAGAGGAAUCUGGUACGACCUUGGGAGCCCAGCCUCCUUCUUUGUUAUCGCCAGCUGAAUGGCUGCACAGAAUUAGAAAGCAGCCACGAAGAACUAAAGAGGACUUUCUGCGUGAUGUCAUGAUGCGCUCCGCAGCCAAAAAACAAGAAUUGAAGGAGUGGUGGGACAGCAAGAAGAGGGACCGAAAGGAGAAUGCGGCAUGCCAAAACAAAGCCAUGGAGUGGCUCUUAAAAGUUAUGGAGCGCCAAGCAGAUGUGCUCCAGGCACUACUAGCACUACAAACCAAGCAGCUCCGCACCCACCCUCCCCUGCAGCCGCUGUUGCAAAAAACUCUUUCCCAUGCUGCCCCCAGACACCGCCAACACACUCUUAUCAACCUCCUGGCUCCAGUCUGUACCCCCUGCAUUCCACUCCUGCCCCGUCACAGUCCAGCCCUACGGACUCCCAGUACCCACUGCACUCAACACCUGUCCCUCUGCAGUUUAGCCCUCCUCAAGAACAGUACCCACUGCAACUGUAUUCCAAAGGAUAAGGUUGCAUAGGAUACCUGGACAUACACAAAUCUUUAACCGUCCUGGGACCCCACCUCCUCCUGGGACCCACCCUUUCCGCAUCCCCCACAAUGCUGAUGUGUUUUUUGUUUGUCUCUCUCCUCCGGUUGUUGUUUUUUAAUAAAAAUGCUUU